GAACUCAUACACCAAGAAAGCCUCCAAGAUUACUAGACCGCCAUGUUGGGACAAAGGGCUGUGGAGACCACCAGUACCGCUUCUCAUCCACAUCCAUUUGACAGUUGGCUAGAGGGUGAGAAAACAGGAGCUGCUCUGCUGUUGUCCGGUGUCUUUCUGGCGAUGGUAGGUGUCACCUUCACUGCCAUGGGUUGGCAGCACUUCGAAGCCCACCAGAGCUUUCAGUGGACCCAACUUCUAGGCCCCAUCCUGAUCUCAGUCGGAGGUACCUUCAUGCUUACCAGUGUGUGCAAGUUUACUUUGGUCUCCUGCUGGCCUUGCAGACGACAGGAGGAGGAGGUUUAUGUUAUACCUGUGAGGGAACAAAACUCAAGGGGACAUCCAGUCGUGGUUCAUUCCAUGAACCAGUCGGUCAUGUUGCAGGGCAAUGCAACCAUGCUGUGUAUUCCACCUGCUUAUAACUUUGUCAUUCAGGAAACACAACAAGAAAACGACCCCCAGCCUGGCUGCUCUGUGGGUGGCAAUAACUCAGCGCUUCCGUCGUAUGAAGCUCUUUACUGCUUGGACAACGCAACUUUGACUGCAGAAUCCAGCACACCUCACUGCAGAGAAGCAGGCCAGAGAGGCAGAGUACAGAAGAUGAAAAGUGAAAGAGGACGCCUAGACGGGAAAGAGUCCACCUGUUGUCAACCACCUGCCUAUGAGGACAUUUACCCUUCCUCUACGACACACAAUUCAGCAUAAGGCAAACAAUCUCUUGUUGACGUCAAGCAUUACGCUGAUGACAUUCUUUCUUUUUCUUGUUAAAAGCCAAAAAAUCCUUUUUUUUUUUCAAUUUUUUAUGUGAAAUAGA